UUCGACAAAAUUCCCUCAAAGAGGUUUUGGGUCCAAAUCUCAAAAUUUCCCUAACAAAAAAUGGGGAAAUUCACUUCCGACUGUCUUCUCCUUUUCUUCGCCGGCGCCGUUCUCCUCUCGUACGCCGCCGGUGACAUCGCAUCCGACCGCGCCGCCCUGCUAGCUCUCCGCUCCGCCGCGGGCGGACGCUCUCUGCUGUGGAAUAUCUCUGCCGACACGUGCUCGUGGCCGGGCGUCACAUGCUCUCCCGACGGCGGUGCCGUUGUCGAGCUCCAUUUCCCCGCUAAGGGGUUGUCCGGCCGGCUUCCGGCGAACGCCUUCUCGAAUAUGACGAAUCUACAGACGCUCAGCAUCCGUUACAACUCACUGACCGGCCCGAUUCCGGCGGACAUGUUCACCUCGCUGUCGAAUCUCCGAAACCUCUAUCUACAGCACAAUUUCUUCAAUGGCGGAAUUCCAGAUUCCAUUUUUGCCCUAAAUUCGCUCGUGCGGCUGAACUUAGCGGACAACAACUUUUCCGGCCCGAUACCGGCGGGAUUCAGCAACCUCACUCGUUUGGGGACGCUGUUUUUGCAGAACAAUCAAUUCUCCGGCGAGAUUCCCGAUUUGAAGCAAUUCUCGCUGCUCGAUCAAUUCGAUGUGUCCAACAACAAUCUCACCGGAGAAAUCCCCAAAUCCCUUUCCAAAAAGGCGAAGAGUUCCUUCCUGGGGAAUUCUCUCUGCGGCGAACCCCUAGAUCCCUGCGCCGGCGGAGGCGGAAGUUCGAAAUCGAAGAAGCACCUCUCCGGCGGCGCAAUUGCCGGAAUUGUAAUCGGCGCCGCGCUAGGGUUUUUACUGCUCUUACUGCUUCUAAUUUGUCUCUGCAGAAAGGGCGGCGCAAAAUCAAAGGACAAUGAGAGGGAAAUCGAAGUUCCGAUUCCGCCUCCGAAAUCCGCGGAGGCAGAGAAUCCUACCCCCGCCGCAUCCGCCGCCGUCCCGGCGGCGAAGGUGAAGGGGAAGGGCCUGGACAUGGGCGGCGGCGAUGGGAAGAAAGGGCUGGUGUUCGUCGGCGCCAACACCGGCUGGAAUUUCGGGCUGGAGGAUUUGCUCCGGGCGUCGGCGGAGGUUCUCGGAAAAGGCACGAUGGGGACGGCGUACAAGGCGGUGCUCGACAGCGGCCUGGCGGUGGUCGUAAAGCGUCUGCGCGACAUCAAUUUGGGGGAGAAAGAUUUCCGAGACAGGAUGGAGGAGAUCGGGCGGAUGGAUCACGACAAUCUCGUCCAUCUCCGAGCUUACCAUUUCCACCAAGACGAGAAGCUCCUCGUCUUCGAUUACUUGCCGAUGGGGAGCUUGUCCGCCUUAUUACAUGGAAACAAGGGAGCCGGGAGGACGCCGUUAAACUGGGACACGCGGGCAGCAAUUGCGCUCGGCGCAGCAAAAGGCAUCGCCUACAUACACGCGCGCGGCCCGACGAUUUCCCACGGCAACAUCAAGUCGUCGAAUAUCCUCCUCACCAAAUCUUACGCCCCCCGCGUCUCCGACUACGGUCUCGCCCAGCUGACUGCCACUUCCACCCCCGCUGCCCGUGUGGCCGGGUACCGGGCCCCUGAGGUGACCGACCCCCGCAAGAUCUCCCACAAGGCUGACGUCUACAGCUUCGGAGUCUUGCUCCUCGAACUGCUGACCGGCAAAGCGCCGACCCAUUCGUUAUUAAACGAUGAAGGGGUCGACCUCCCACGCUGGGUCCAAUCGGUCGUUCAGGAAGAAUGGACUGCGGAAGUGUUCGAUCUCGAGCUCCUUCGAUACCAGAACGUCGAGGAGGACAUGGUCCAGCUGCUCCAGCUGGCGGUGGACUGCACGGCGCAGUAUCCGGACAAGCGGCCGGGGAUGGACGAGGUUGUCACGAAGAUCGACGGAAUCUGCCGGAGACAGACGGAGAACAGUGACGACAUAACCAACGUUGGUGAAGAGGAAGAACAAGGUAAGUAAGAUUCUUUUAAAGAUUUAAAAUGUAUUUUUGUGUUACAUUUGAUUUGAUUGAUAUUUGGUUGGUUUCAUUGAUGAUGUUCUUUGUCAAAUUUCUGCAACUGGGAAUUGCAAUAAUUUUUCUUAUUUUUUGUCUGAAAUAUUUGAUUUUUUUUUAAUGCAUUCUAAUGAGUGUAGAAUGAACUGUCAAUAUGUUCUUUGU